AUGCAAUCCAGCCGGGAAUUCGACCUAGCCGUUCUCGGUCCGACAGGUUACACAGGCAAGCUUUGUGCGGAACACAUUGUCAAGAAUCUGCCCACCAAUCUGAAAUGGGCGCUUGCCGGGCGUUCGGUCGAGAAGAUUGAGAGCGUAGCGCAGGGGAUCAAGACGUUGAAUCCGGAUCGCACCCCGCCAGAGGUCUUAGCUGUUCAGCUGAAUCGCGAGGAGCUUCAUAGUCUGGCGCAAAGGACGAAGAUCAUCAUCAAUUGCGUCGGUCCGUACUACUUGUAUUCGAUCCCGGUGGUUGAGGCAUGUGCGAGUAACGGGACGCAUUAUAUCGAUGCAACUGGAGAACCGCCAUUCAUUAAGAGCGUGGUCGACAGAUACCAUGAAAUAGCCAAGGCAAACGGGGCCAUUAUCAUCCCAUUCAUGGGUGUUGAAAGUGUCCCCGCCGAUAUGCUCUCCUGGUCGCUUGUCAAACGAGUUCGCGAAGAGCUAUCCUGCGACACCAAGGACAUCACCUGUUCAAUCGACGACCUCAAGAGCUCCGGCGCAAGCGGCGGAACCCUCAGCACCAUCCUCACCCUCUUCGACGCAGUUCCCUUCUCUGACCUCUCCAAAUCAACACACCCGUUCGCGCUGGCCGCGUCCCCGCCCCCAAAGACUCAUCCCCGCGAGUCCAUCACCCAAAAGCUCUUCGGCGUCCGCUGCAUCCCCGACAUGGGCGUCCUGACCACCUCGCCUACCGCCAUCGCUGACAUUAUCAUCGUGCACCGCAGCAGCACCCUGAUGCCGGAAUUCUACGGACCGAGGUUCCAUUUCCGCCAGUUCGUGCGCGUCCGAAACGUCCUGGUCGGCGUGGCUCUGCACUUUGCGUUCCUUAUUGGCGCCACCCUCCUCGUCUUGCCGCCUGUGCGUACGCUCGUGAAGCAGUUCAUCUAUUCGCCUGGUAGCGGGCCCCGUUUGGAGGAUUCGACUGCCGAUCGCGUUCAGUAUCGUGCUGUGGCGACGGCGGAUCAGCAUACGAAUGAGCCGAAGAGGGCGCUGGGCACGUUGAAGUUUCAGGGCUCGUUGUAUGCGUUGACGGGUUUGUUGAUGGCUCAGGGCGCGAUGGUUCUUUUGGAGAACGAGGAGAAGGUGAGGAAGGUGUCAAGAGGGGGGAUUGUUACUCCGGCUACGUUGGGGCAGGAAUAUGCGGAUCGGUUGCAGGAGGCUGGGUGUUAUAUUGAGACGAAGGUGUUGGAGUUUUGA